AUGCCAAAUUCCGACAAAGAAAAUGACGAAGAGACUGCUUUUCUCCAUGAGGAUGAGGCACCACAAACAGGUAGAUGGAUUGCUCAGCACAGCCAUUACCGACGUUGGUAUUGGUCGACAGCCAUUAAUCUGUUGUUGCUUUUGGUAUUUACCAUCACAAAUUUUACCAUCUGGUCUCGUCGCAGUCCCAGUUUCUGGCAAACAGACUUCCAAGACGCACGCAAGGCCGUCCAAUAUGAGCAACAAACAUAUACUGGAGCGUUGACUUACGAUAUGGAUCAGCGUCGAGUCAUACGUCUACACGACGCAAAAGUGGAAUACUUCGGGCUGCCAAGUCCAGAAAUAGAGCAAGCAUGGGAAGAACUGCUACAUGCUUCAGACGAAUUCCCGACUAUGAGCAAGGAAGAAGCCACUCCCUUUUUGGACGAUUUGACUCCUCAGCACAAAGAUGGAGAGUACCAUUUUGAACCCGAUGUUUUUCAUUCCCUCCACUGCCUCAAUACAAUACGCAACGAGCUUCAACCAGUGCUCUACAACAUUUCCAAUGAGCAUACUGCUCACUCUCAAACCGAGAGGAAGAUAGCAGAGAAACUUGGGGACCCCAGGUGGCACAUAAAACAUAUGGAACAUUGUUUGGAUCGCAUUCGACAAGCCCUCAUGUGCCACGGCGAUCUGACUGCGUCUCCACUUUACUCGUGGCCAGGAUUCCCGCUUUCCCUAGGGCGGUCGGGAGCACAUACUUGUCGAAAAUGGGAACCAAUCCGGGAAUGGAUGAAUGAGAGGGCUAGGAAUGGCAAAGCUCUUAAUGAACAAUGA